AUGCCUCAGUCUCAGAAUAUUAAAGAUUUUUUCAGGCGGUCCCAAGCUCCACAAAAUGACCCUGAAACUCCCAUCGGGAAGAACAAGAAUGCAAGCAAUUCUCCUGCCGCAGCCUGCGAGACCUCUCCCCUCACUGAACCACCGUCAUCCUCAUUCCUGUCAAAAUACACUUCUCCGCGAUCCCCACACGACAGUCCAGCAAAUCAGUUGAAAAGUUCCCUGUUGAACUCAGCUCAGGGUUCGGCCGAAGAUGCACCUGAACAAAGCUUCCAGAGCACCGGAGAAGACCCUUUUGUGGGUGCAAGCUUCACGUCCCAGCGCGUUGUCAAGAAUGGAAAGGAAGUCGUUAUUAGCUCUGACGGUGAAGAUACGGACUCAAUCGCAUCACUUGAGAGUCCCGAUGAUCUUCUAGCGCAGUUCACCAAACCGGCAAAUGACGCCCCAGUUAAAGAGGAAGUGAAAAAUGAGCCUGCUGAUACGGGCAUGUCGUUGCGUUCUGAGAAAGGCAAAGCUAAAGAGGAUAAAAAGCCAUACAAGUUUGGCUCCACACGCUACUCUGCUCCAAAACACAAGUUCACUCUCGACUCACUUGUUACUGCUGCAAUUGAUGAUAAUGAGACCGAGGCCAACGUCGCAAAGCUGAGAGCUGCGUUUGAUUCCGAGAAGGCUGCUGAGGAAAAUGAGAACACAGAAGGCAAUGCCAGACACUUGAAUGAGGGUAUUCUGGCAUCGACUCUUGAUGAUCAGGAUGAUGAAGGAGGAUUGCAGUUCCAGCGUCUACUUGAUGCCGUUCGAAGGACAGAGGCUUUUGACCAAGAAAGGUCAUGGUUUUUUUUUAGUGGCAAGACCGAUGUGCCGUCCGGGUUGGAAUUUCCGCGGGAUUCUAUUACACCAGGAACAUACAUGGCAGGACUGAGGGAGCCCGAAUCCCGUGAACGUGCGUUCCAUUCUGGAAUCAUGGAAAUUGCCCUAUCAAGACAGUUUCUUCCCGAUGAAUUGAUCAUGUGGAUAUUUCAAUCUGUGUCCUCCGAGCCUCGAGAUGGUUUACGGCAAGCUUACUGCAGAGUAUUCAAGCAUGUUACCGCGGAGCGUAUCAAACUCCUUAUACAGCCACAAGACAUCAAUGCCCUUUUCCAACGACUGGGUGCAAGUCCAAAGGCAAUGGCGCUUUCUGACCCCAUAGUUGCAGACGCACAUCCUACACCUGAACUUUUAGAGAGACAGUCCAAAAAGAAGGCAGCUUUGCUGUCCGUUUUGGACAUGCUACGGGGCGCAGCAGACCUGUUUUCCCAUGAUGCUCGAGAGCGUAUUCUGUAUUUCCUUUUCCGUCUGGCACUAGAUACCUCUUUGACUGGGGAUGCCUUGGUCUGCUCUGAAUUAGAGAGUACAAUUACAGCAGCACUUGAGGGAAUUCCCGAGGAUAGUUUUAAUGAUUUGAUGCAUCGUACCUCGACAACCGCUUAUGACACCAUCAAGGAUCCAGUAUUCCAAAGCCGCCUCCUCCAACACAUAUUGCCAACUUCAAGUCAGAUUGCAUUGUUUCGAUGUCGACUUGCCCUUGCUUUCCUGACCCUCGACUCAUCGCCCCUAAGAGAAGCCCCAGGGGCAUUAUUCAACGUUGAGCGCAUUCUCGACUUGCUCAACGAUCAGAGAUUUAACAUGAACCUAUAUAAAAGGAAAGACCGGGAGAACUACGACUACGGAGAUCUGGGGGCUUUGGCCAUGCUUCUGAACAUUGUCAUCGAUCCCGGAUAUUCCGGAUUUAAUUUCCCAGACAAGGAAACAGAAAGAGAAUUCAACUCCAAAAUGGAUGUGCUUGCUGGUGAGAUCAAAAGGAGAUUUUCUUCGAUCGAGGAUGCCGGCGCGUCGCACCUAAAGCGGACCCUGGCGAAAGAAAGCCUCGAGACUCUGUAUUACCGCAUCAUAUACUCGGUCCGCUCCAAGCCACCACCGAAAAAGACCUUACUGGGAUCCUUAGCGGAGGAAAACAGGAAUACUCUAGAUAACCAUGGAUUCAAGAGGUUCAUGAAGGUCAAGAAAGAGAAAGAUACGAAUAUUCCUAUUCGUGGUCACGAAGGUUCGACUUAA